CCAUCUAGCAUUGUAAAAGCGCGUUUUCAUCAGCAUUCUAAAAAAGAGCGUGUCAUCCGCUCGAGCACAACCAUUCAUAAAUGGGCGUUACCUUCUUCAGCGUUGCCAUCACCGACGAUGUGAUCGCGACAGUAUCCGAGACGCCACAUUAUGCAGUUGUUUAGCUGGUCAGUUUUGCAACGCGUGGAUAGCUGAACUCACUUCACCCUGCCACGUCGGCUCGCGCCGCCUUUCUGCCACACCACCAACUACCAACAAAGCAAUUUUAAUAGCUGCAAGCUGUUAUAAACCGCUUACUCAUUUGUCAAGCCGUUAACCGGCAAGUCUUCUUGAAUGCAAGCUGGACAAGACGGAACGUGUAAGUUCGAAAAUUCUGUUGAUCUUGCAGUUAAUCAGAAGCGGUGAUCUAUUAGACUUUCUCUAUCUUUCCGUUUCAAAAAUGGCGCACUGGAUCAUGACAGGUUUUAUAGUGGCGAUACUGCUGCAGCUUUCUCAAGUCGAUGGUUGCAGCCAAGGCGGUUCCCCGGUGUGCGGUGUGGAUGGUAACACUUACGGAAAUACAUGUCUGGCAAAGGAAGCCCGAGUCAAAGUUAUCCAUAAGGGAAGAUGCUCUGAUGGGGAUCACAAUAAAGACCGACCCGUGCAGUUUUCACGCAGUCUGUCAUAAUAUUCUGUUAAGUCACUGACGUUUUUUUCUUUUCUAGUAACGUUGUGUGCUUGAGUACUAAUCGUUUUUUUUGUUAGUUCAACAGACACAAAACGAAAUUGUGCUGCGCCAAACUGGAAUAUAAAACGUUUUUCUGAACCUGCGGGAAUUUUCCGGCCAGGCAUCUUUUCCUGUUCUGUUAGAAUUUACCAUAGAAG